GAAAGAACGCUCCCUAUUAACCAGAUUUGUUUUUCGUUCGGAGCAAGUGUUUUUCGUGCAAUUUUCCCGCCAGGGACGCUCCAGGAUGGCAGAUGUAAGCUUGAUUGUCUGGGGGUCACCGGCGGUGCACCUGGAACCGGAUAUCAUCUACCGAAUUGGACGUAAAAAGGGUCUGGAAAUCAGCGUCGCCGAUGAGUCCAUGGAACUGGCCCAUGCCACCGCCUGCAUCCUCCGGCGCGGAGUUGUGCGCCUGGCCGCCCUGGUGGGCAAGAUAUUCGUCAACGACCAGGAGAAGUCAGUGGUGGACAUCGGCAAGGAGGACGCCUUUGCCGGCAAGGUCAAGGUGCGAUUCGGAAAUGUGGAGGCCAGGCUGGAUUUUAAAGAGGAAAACGAUGAGGACCAUGAUAGCAGCGGAUUUGGAGAAUGCCUUAAGGACAGGCAGAUCAACUCUACAAUGGACAGCUUCGAUAUACCUGAAACGCAGCCUCCGUCCGCCAAUUCGACAGCAAACACCACGGCAGACAGUUUCUUUAUACCCGAAACGCAGGCGGUUAACUUCCAAAGGACGUCGACCAGUGGAAAAGUGUCGCUGGGCGAUGACUUUAUGAUACCCGAAACGCAGGAUAUGCUGGCCGAACUUCCAUCUGUAGAGCCGCCUAGUGAUCCUGUCAUUAAUCACCAAGAUGUGUCGCUGGCUAGCGAUGCGGAGGACUCUUCCGCUGGCAGCGAGAUAAGGAUGUGCACCCAGGACUACAACGAGGAUGCCAUCGAUGACUUUGAUUCGUCGCAGAUUAUUUGUGAUGCUAUGCUUCCCUUGCCGCCACCAAGGGCUAAGGAAACUUUAGUGAAAAAAGAAGAUAAGCCGGAUCAACUGGACGCCACCGACUUUGAAAUGAGUACCUUGAACUGGACAGCUGGCAAUUCGAAAUGCGGUGCUCUGAGUAGCACCAAGGCGGAUGUAGAAGCAGCACCACCACGCGGUGAUGCCUGCAUUACUCCCGAUCUGAGCGCUCCCUCCGAGAGUCGUCCUAUCCACACACCCGAUCUGUACGAUCUCAUCUUGGGCAGUGAGCCGCGAGCAGGCUCCUGUAGUCCAGAUCCUUUUGUGCGACCUGCGGAGAGGGCAAAUGCAAGUGGCACACCGCAAUUUGGCGGCAUUAAACAGCUAGUUGUGGCCACCAUUGAGACGCCCACAGCAACGCCCGACAAAGAGGAUGCUGAAAUUAAUCAGGAUUUAGUAGCCACUCAACGAUUUCCAGGAAAUAAAUUGUUGGAAAGUGACAGUGAAGACGAUGAGGAACCAAAUCAAGAUUUCGUGGCCACUCAGGCGUUUAAUUUGGGACGUCGCCCUCAGUUGAACGAAGUUUCUGAGUCAUCAAAAGAUGAGGAACCAAAUCAAGAUUUCGUGGCCACUCAGGCGUUCAAUUUGGCGCACCCACAACCAAAGUCGAACAUUAACGAGACUUGCAACCAAGAUUUUAUAGCCACUCAAGUAUUUCCCGCCAAUAUUGGUGGUACCGGGUGUCAGGACUUUAUAGAAACACAGCCUUUUCAGGCGCUCAAUAUGAACUUUUUGAGUUUGCUUAACAAAGAAAACAUUCCAAGCGACAGUGCCAAAAAAACCUCAGGUUCAAAAUCCCUUGAUGAGAUAGAUGCUGUGCUUGACGAAAUGAUUUCAGGGAAGAUAGUAACAUCGCCUGUAAAUCCCAACGAAGAUGCAAUACAAUUCUUUAAACCCUGCGUGAUUAAGGAUAAGAAUCACUAUCAAAAGAUUUGUCAAAUCGAAGGGGUUUUCAGUGACAUUAGCAACAAAAGUCGUUGGCGUUCUGGAGAAACUAGCGGUGGCAGUCGCAAACGCGUAGCCAGAUCGGAAUCUCCUUCAGAAACCCCCAGCCGAAAAAAUCGACGAAUAUCAGAAGGUUCUCAAAGACUCGACAGUAAUUUGAGAAAGCGAAGGGCGAAUUCAACGGAUAAAAAAUCAGAACCUCUAAACAAAUCUAUUUGCAAAGAACAUGAAAUUGCCUCGAUUCCAAAAGAGAAAGAUAAGGAUGAUAAAGGUAUUGCUCCCUUCAAAUCGGUGGCCAAUAAAUGGCAAGCACGCAGAAGUCUCAUAAAUAACCGCUCCGAUACUCCUGGAAAAUCUUUAAAAAUCAAUCAAGUUGAGGCUGAGUUGCAGGACAAGUCUAAAGAUGAUCUAUCUACCAAAAAAGAAACUCGAAAGUCCGGUAGAAAAUCAAAGAACGUGGAGACAAAUAAGGCAGACACAUCCAAGGAUGUUCCUAGGAAAAUGACCAGAACAAGAAGCAAAACUGUCGAUGACGAUGAUGAAGUGCUUUCAGAAAAGGCAAAAAAACUCAAGAAUGCGAAUGACAAAGAUGUUAAGACUACAGAUGUGGAAAAACCUGUCAAGUCAACAAAAGGAAGAAAGGCCAAGACUGCGGAAAUCAGUAAACCAGACACAUCUAAAGAUUUGCCGAUGCCAGUGUCUAGAUCUAGGCGCAAAACCACCGAAGAAGUUGCUGAGACGUCUAAUGUAGACAAAGGAAAAAAGGCCAAAAAAGCUGAGAACAGUAAGGCCAACUUAUCUAAGGAUAUGUCGAAGCCAAUGUCUACAACUAAGCGACAAACUAGCGAAGAAGACGCUGAGAUGUCUAGUGCAGAAAAGGAAAGAAAGGCCAAAAGCUUAUCUAAGGAUAUGCCAAAGCCAAUGUCCAAAACUAGUCGCAAAACUAUCGAAGAAGAUGCUGCGACGUCUAGUGUAGAAAAUGAUAGAAAGGCCAGAAAGGCAGACUCAUCUAAGGAUAUUUCGAAGCAAACAACUAGACCCAAACGCAAAGUUAGCGUGGAACAUGUUGAGGCCCCAAAGGCAGAAGAAAACCCUGUCAAAUCUGAAAAAGUACGGAAGACCAGGAACUUAGAUAAAAACAAAGCGGACACAUCCAAAGAUAUGCCCAAAACGAUGACCAGAAGCAGGCGUCAAACUAUCGUUGAAGAAGCUGAGUCGGUCAACGAAGAUAAACCCAUGGAUAUUUCAUUAAAACGUGCAGUUGUGCGUUUACCCAGAGCAAGUUUAGAGCAAAUAGAGACCUCCUCAAAUAGUGGCGUUAGUUCCAGGGUAACUCGUGCCAAAUCUCGUUCUGCGUCCAUUGAGGAGCCAUCAACUAGCAUGGCCAAUCCCAAGGCUCCAGUUGUUCCUGCUCCAAGAGCAAAACGUGCUGUCAAAUCGGGUUCCGCCACACCGUCCGUUGACGAAGUGAUAGCUACCUCCGCCAGUGACAAAAAGCCUACAAAGUCAGCAGCAGUCAUUGAAAAUCCAUCAACCAGCUCUGCCCAAUCCAAAAAGGCUAAGAAGACCCUAAGUAACGAGGUAGUCCCUAUGAAUAGAUCAGGCGCAACCACAACUCGACUCAGUCAGCCUGAUCCUGACCCACUUAAAGCCUUUAAUCUUUAUGUGAAGAAGGCCAAAUCGAGUGGAAAAAUUAAGAUAGCCUUUACCAUGUGCGAUCGACCGGCGUUGCAAUCUGUUUUAAAAUCUUUGAAACAUGUGGUGGAGGUCACCGAAGAUCCGGCACAGUGCGAUCUCCUCAUCAUGGACAAAGGCGAGCGUACCUUCAAGUUUCUCAUGGCCAUUGCUUCCAGCAAACCUGUGCUGUCCACCAGUUGGCUGCAUUCCAUAAAGACGACCAGGAGCAUCGACGUGAAGGCAGAUCAUCUCUUUAGUGAUGCCAACUUCGAGGAGAAAUUCAAGUUCAAUCCACUGUCUGUACUCAAUCACUCACAUUUGCUGAGUGGCUUUCACUUUUUGCUCGGCGAAGACAUUAUUCCAGUGCCCAAUGAAAUGAAAGUCAUCAUUCAAAGUGCUGGCGGAAAGGUGCACAUUCAACCUCCUUCGCUGGCCUUCAGCGUGGAGCUGUAUGUGGUCACCACCAACAAGGACACCAAAUCCCAGCGGCGCCUGCGAAACCACGAUAACGUACAUUUCAUCAAAACUGAGGGCAUUAUGCAGGCGCUUGUGCAGCACAACGCGAAACUCCUGGACGAGCACAAGCUUAAACUUUAGGUGCCAUCAUUUGUAGAAUAGUUUUGACUUCUUUGCUUAGUCUUCUUUUGGAAUACUCAAGAAAUUGAUCCUAACUUUUCUCCACCAUAAUUUCAAGCUACAACAACAAAUCACAUCAUUAACGAGGAUAUCCCUGACUAGCACAAGAUCAAGCUUUAAAUUUAGGUUUUUGUUUCAUAUUUAAUUUUUUGUUUCAUGUUGAGGCAUAUUUAAUUGUGGCCAUGCAAAUUUAGUUGUACAAAUAUUGUUCCACAAUUAUCUCUGAAAUGGAGUGAUCCUACCUAAAACUACUCCAUCUCCUUGUAACUGGAUCCUCUUGCUAUAUUUUGUAGUAAGAAAUUGAUCCUCACCUUUUUGUGUCAUUUUUCAAGUCGUUCAUGAUUAACAUCAAAACAAAACAUCACAUUAUAACCGAGGAGAUUGCAGACUAGCACAAGAUCAACCAAUUUAGGAUUUUGUUUCAUGUUGGGGCCAACUUAAUUGUGACCAUUAAUAUUAAAUUAUCCUUAAAACUAGGUGAUCCUAGCAAAUACUACUACAACUUAUUUUGUUUCGAUCCCGUGGGUUUGUUGAUCUGCUGCUUCUUGUUAUAUUUUGUAGAAGGAAAUCGCUCCAAACUUUUUCAGACCACCAUAAGAUAACCAAUAUAAUAGCUUUAAGCCUAGGUUUUCGUUUGAUAUUUAAUUGUUUUCUCAUGUUGUGGGGCUAACUUAAUUGUGGCCAUGCUAAUUUAGUUGUACAAAUGAUUUUGCCUUUGUAUGGCCUGUCUAAUAAACAUCCUAUCUAAAAACUA